GCGGCCGGCGCGGGGGGCCAGCCUCCCCAAGCCAACGCACCUACUGCCUUAACUGUGCUUUUGUGCCUGUUGUUUAAAGAUGAACUGAUCCGCGAAACGACGAUUAACUGUGCAGAGCGAGGGCUGUUGCUGCUUCGAGUCCGAGAUGAAAUCCAAAUGACGAUUGCUGCUUAUCAGACUCUGUAUGAGAGCAGCGUUGCCUUCGGCAUGCGGAAGGCACUGCAAGCUGAGCAAGGCAAAUCUGACAUGGAGAAAAGAAUUGCAGAGCUAGAGGAAGAAAAGCGGGAGCUGGAAAAGCAAGUGACUGAACAGAAAGCUAAAUGUGAAGCUAUUGAAAAACGUGAAAAUGAAAGGCGACAGAUAGAGGAAAAGAAACACAGUGAAGAGGUCCAGUUCCUGAAACGAACAAAUCAGCAGCUGAAGGCUCAACUUGAAAGCAUCAUUGCACCAAAUAAGUAGAUUUCUUGUUGUCCUCCCGGCAGCGCUCAAAAGAACUGUCAAAGCAAGAAGUUUGCAAUUAGUGAAAAAGAUCUGUCUUCAUAAAACAACCCUGAAUUUUCACUUACCAGUAACUGAAGGCAGUGUAGUUGUAUUAAUUCUCCCUUUCAGUGCUGUCUAAACAUUCAGCUCCUUGAAUGGUGAGCCUAUCUGGGACAUACCUGUUGAUAAUAUGCUACAUAACCUGCAAAGCAAUAUACUAAUAAACUUUUUUUUUUUCCACAUACAAGCCUCUGUGUAAAAUUCUUAACUUGAAAAUGUUGUAUAAACUUCAGAAACAAUUACGAAAUGUCUAUAAUUAAUACAAGAGCAAGAACAACUAUCCUUUAUAUAAUCAUUUUAGCACCAAGUAUUCAGGUAGCAAAAAGGUAGGUCUGAAUUCAUUAAGAUGUGUCAUUAAGAAGCACAUCUAGUCAUGCUGCAUACAAGCAAUUCAAGAACCAACUCACUUUAUUUUUAUCUGAGUCAAAUAUGUUUUUGAGAGGAGAUAGGAGGAUAAAAACCAACCUUUGUUGCGUAACAAAAUUGCAGGCCUUUUAUUAGGUUGCUUUUUCUCAUUUGGGCUCUCUAUCCCACUAUCUUACGCUCUUCACAUACUGCUUAACAAAGGCAAAAGCUGACCAUAAUCUUCCACUCUCAUUGCAAUCCUGCUGCCCUUAGUAGACAUCAGUACUAAGGAUAUAUAAAUUAGAGAUGGUACUUGCAAGCUAGAUACUUUUGGAUCCACACUGCAAUAAGCAGGCACGUGCUUACAACUUCACUGUGAAACUUUCUUUUAAUGCCUGGUAAUAGGAACACUGUUCAACAUCUCAAAAUUAAAUACAAUAGUUAGGAUAUUUUUUAGAAUUAAUACUCUAUAGUUGUCACAUCCACUAUUAAGAAUCAAAUUACAGGUAAUUUUUGGACGGAAGGUGCUUAGAGGAUGUUUCCUUUGAGUAUGUGCAAGUUGGUGUUAAUUGUGCAUCAAAAGCCUUUGUCAAAAUAGUUAGUAGUAAGCUAGGGUGAGCAAUAUUAGAAGUCCUUCAGGUGCUUAAUAAGCAGCACUGAAACAAAGAGGUAUGAUGCCACUCCAAGCAUCAUUUCUCAACAGAAGCAAAUGAAAUCUUUCCUUGAGGCACCUGUAUAACUAGCUGGUUAUAUACAUAUCAAGCAGACUUUGGGAAGAUAAUUCUCUGUAGUCAUAUGAACAACUCAGUAAAAGCUACUUUUCAGGGAAGGGGGGGUGGGGGGAAGAAAUCUGAAGAGCCUUGUUAACCUGUCUGCUGAAGAACAUCUCAGAUUGUUUUGGCAGUGCAACGUAUAUUGACCUUAGAUGGUGAUGUGGAAAUAGCAUGAUCUCUAUCUGCAAUAAAGAACAUUUCUGCAAUUCAGAAACCAAGAGGAUGAUGCUACUCCUGGGAACAAGACAGACAAAUCAAAUCAGGCUUUGAAUGGGAACGGCAAGUAUUAUAUAAAAAAAA